UGCACAGGCCUCUGACCCAUCAGGACGGCAAUAACCCCAUUAUCGCUACGUGUGCAGAGGAUGGAGGUCCCUUCGCUUCCCAUUCUUAAAGCUCUCUGUGAACACUGACCCUGCUGGAAAUCAGAAAGCUGCCCGCGUGAUGUGUACAGCACAACACUUUUCUGUUGACUCCUGCAGGUCCUCACCCACUGGUGACCGAGCCUCCGGGAAAUGUGGCAGAAAGAUGCCCCCCUCCACCCCACUGAUAAAGCGAGCGACCUCAUCCUGGAACACAUUCUUCGGUGCCCUGUGCAGCCCAUCCCGUGAGUCCGCGACCAUGUCUGGAGAACUCCCACCAAACAUCAACAUCCAAGAGCCUCGAUGGGACCAAAGCACUUUUGUGGGACGAGCCAGUCAUUUCUUCACUGUGACGGACCCCAGGAACCUCCUGCUAACCAACCAACAGCUGGAGGACGCCCGGAAAACCGUGCACGAUUACAGACAAGGAGUUGUCCCUCCAGGUCUCACUGAAAAUGAACUGUGGAGAGCAAAGUACAUCUAUGACUCAGCUUUUCACCCCGACACCGGAGAGAAGAUGGUUUUGAUAGGACGAAUGUCAGCGCAGGUUCCCAUGAACAUGACCAUCACGGGCUGUAUGAUGACAUUUUACAGGACCACGCCGGCGGUGCUGUUCUGGCAGUGGAUCAACCAGUCCUUCAAUGCCGUGGUCAACUACACCAACAGGAGCGGAGACGCCCCCCUCACUGUCAGUGAGCUGGGAACGGCUUACGUGUCUGCAACAACUGGCGCCGUGGCGACCGCUCUAGGACUCAACGCACUGACCAAGCACGUGUCACCACUCAUAGGACGCUUCGUGCCCUUUGCCGCCGUAGCUGCUGCGAAUUGCAUCAAUAUCCCACUGAUGCGGCAAAGGGAACUCAAAGUCGGCAUUCCUGUCACCGACGAAAACGGGACCCGCUUGGGUGAGUCGGCACAGGCUGCACAACAAGCCAUCGCACAAGUGGUCGUCUCCAGGAUUCUCAUGGCCGCGCCUGGCAUGGCCAUCCCCCCGUUCAUCAUGAACGCCCUGGAGAAGAAGGCCUUUCUGAAGAGGUUCCCGUGGAUGAGUGCGCCCAUUCAGGUUGGACUGGUUGGCUUCUGUUUGGUAUUUGCUACGCCUCUGUGCUGUGCCCUCUUUCCUCAGAAAAGUUCCAUGUCCGUGACCAGCCUGGAGGCUGAGCUGCACAGGCAGGCCUCCGCCUGGCUUCUCCCGGGCACAGACCUUCUCCAAGACCCACGUCAGCCUGUAGAGUCGGCUCUCCGUCCAGCAUGGCGCCGGGUGGGCCAGGCACCCCCGUCGCCCUCUCACAUCUGAGUCAUGGGAUAAUGAACAGAAAUGGCCUUCCUGUAGCUUUUAUGGUAAUUGUUUCCUCAAAGACAACAGUCCAGCCCUCACCUCGAGUUUUCAAAAGCGCUGCUAGGCAUAGAGUAGAUGCUCAAGAAAUUGAUUAUCAGUCAGUGCCAAGGAAAUCAGGUAAAAUACUGAAUUGUCAUCCCACUCUUGUUUCAGAGCAAGGCCAUGGAGGCAGUGAUUUGGAAAGCACACAGCUCUGAUGCUAAACUAUAAAACAUAGCGCAUAGGGUAAACCCUGCGUCACGGAACGGACACGCGUGGCGCGGCGUCCUGCUCUCUGGAGCUGGGCACUCCCUGCUGCUGGACGUCUCUGGUGGAACCUUAAAUUGCUUCUGUUUUACGUUCUUACGAAAACGUUAUACCUGUUGGCUUGAUAUUCAAUUACAUCAAACACUCAGAUAACUGCCAUGCGCACACGUCAGUGUCGGCAGCGUGUUCGGUCCUGGUGCGGCGUGCCGGGACGUUCGGUUCGUCUGGCAGAUUUCAGGAGGGAGCGCAGGUCCAGCCCCUACGGAUCUUGUCUCGUCCUUGCUGAUCUCAUUGGCUUUCGGGAAGAUUCGGACAUCAUGUGUGUGAAUCGGUGGCUAAAUGAUUUUACUUGGAGGUUGUGUACUGCAUCUGCCCUGAUUGAAAAUAAGGCUCCAUGGACCACUGUUUAUAUCCCUCUAGUAGUUUCACAUUUAAUAUAGUUCAUGCAAUAGAGACUGUGUUUCCGGUCUGUCCGUGUUCACAGGUGUAGGCAAGGCGGUGUGCCCUUGCGGGUUUUGAUUCCACUGUGAUUCAGAGACGUGUAAGUGGAGAAACAUACAACAGUGCUGGCAGAUCUUCUGGCAAUGAGACGGCUGAGUUCCCCAUCCAGAAACAGGGCGGGCCUCGUGUGCGUUCCUCUCGUCCGAGGGGUGGAUGGGCCACUCGGAGCCUUCCUUUAUGCUUCCAAAAUGUUCUCCAUUUUUCCGUCUUAAACCCUUUGAAGCAAAAGAGGUUCCCACAACACAUGCCGGCCUUGCGUGUGUUUUGUUGCCGUAGAUGCUGCUCUUGAAGAAGUGGUCAAAGCCUGAAAUUCAAGGCGGUCUCCCUGAGGUGCUGGCAGGGUGCUCCUACCGAGAGCCCAGCCCGGGAGGCCCUCCCACGCCCGGCUACCCCAGAAUGCUCACCCCCUCACUGGGAGCCCCCCCAGCAUCCUCACCUUUGCUGAAAAAGCAAUGGCUGAGCAGAAGGUGGAUAAACUGCCAUUUUUAGGCGCCAUCAUGAAAGGGAUAGCAACUGUGCAGCUGUGUCUACUUAACGUUAUCGUAGGAGCUCCGGCUCCUGGCGCUUUUAUUUCCUGUCAGCGUCACCGUGGUUUAUAAAAAGGAACAAACGGACAGGAUCCCCUGGCCACCUCCCAGCGACCUGGAGGACCGCUCCCAGGAAGUGCAAUGGCUGGGAAAGGCGCCGGACCCCAGGCGGGAGUGGCCGAGCGUGUGCUGCGGGCGGCGGCUGUUCAGUGUUAGCGCAGUGUCUUGCCAGUGUGGGGAUCAAUGUACUGUUCCAGUUCAGCUGGAUAAAAUGUUAAAUAAACUCAGAAUGAAAGCAAA